GACGCAGCAGCCCAGAAGAAAUGGGAUGAGGACUUGAAGAAGAUGCCCUGGCUUCGAUUUCUCCCUCUGAAUGGUUACUUUAACGGCCUCAAGUCUCUGGUCGCGAAAGCUGAUCACAUUCCCGAGUAUCCGAACCCCAAUGUCGAAGCUCCUCUCGGCGAGCCUCCGCUAAGCCAGGAUAUUCCGAAACCGAAGCUGUACGAUCCUUACAAUUCAUCCGACUCGAGCGUCAAAACUUGCUAUCUUGACAAGGAAGAGAAGAUCCCGGCACCCAGCCUAUAUGCAUACGACGGAGUCCCGCAAUAUAUGCCUGACCCAUCCAUUGGCUCUCACUCCAUUUUCGGCAUACGCGAUGACGUUUGCUUUGAUCGAUUUGGCCGUUAUGGACCCUAUGGUUUUGGCUACAAGCUGGUCGAUGGCGGCUCAGACGUUGGUGUUGAUACCGAAAGCUCCGGUAGCGAGGCUGUCUGGGAAAAGACGGGUCAGAUCAACUAUGGUCAGAUUGACUGGGGCGAUGUGCAGGAGCGAUGCGCUGCCGCCAACAAGCACCGGUUCGCAGAGCCUGACCCAGACACCGAGUCGCUCAACUUCGACGAGGGCAAGAAGGGUCGAAUCGCGGUAGUCAUCCGCCUGUACACAGGCUUCCAGUGGACGCAGCUGGCGGUGUUAAACUUCCGGGCCAUGAUCACCGAAUUGUCUCUUAAGUCUGGCGGAGAGUACAAUGUCCACUUCUUGUUGCACGUCAAGGACAACGACACGCCGAUCUGGUCUGACGAUGUGACGGUACAGAUGCUGCUCGACUCCAACGUGCCCCCGGAGUUUCACGGACUGGUGACGUUCAAACCACCCAUCAACAACCCUGCCUUGAGGGGCGUUCACGGUGUCUUCCGCAGCGCUCAUUUGCCCCUUCAAGUCUUUGCCUUGCAGCACCCAGAGUAUGAGCAUUUCUGGAACUGGGAAUUGGAUAUGCGGUACUUGGGCAACUGGUACGAACUUUUUGAUCGCUUGGGCCACUGGGCUGACCAGCAGCCGCGCAAACUGCUCUGGGAGCGAAACGAGCGAUACUACGUCCCGGCCCAUCACGGUACCUGGGAGAACUUCACGGCUGCCGUCGAGCAGUAUACAAAGGAUUCGGGCAAGCCUGGGGUCUUUGGCCCCGUAGAGUUUCCCGAGAGAGGACAGCUCCGUUACGAGCAGCGCGGAGGUUCCGCUAUGCCCGCCUCGUGCCUGGCCAAUCCAGACGACCCGGAGUGCGGUGUUGGUGAGGCGGCUGAUCUCAUCACUCUGAAUCCGAUUUUUGACGUCCACGGCUCUGCAUGGGCUUUCUCAAAUGACGCAACGGGAUAUGGCAAGACGCCUCCAAGACGAUGCGCCAUCAUCACGGCAUCGCGACUGAGCCGCCGGCUUCUGAUGGCGAUGCACGAGCAGGUGUGGCGCCACCACCAUACAAUGUUCACCGAAAUGUUUCCUGCCAGCGUUGCCUUUCACCACGGAUUCAAGGCCGUGUACGCGCCCCACCCCGUAUUCCUGGAUCGGGCCUGGGAGCCCCAAGGCAGUGCCGUGGACAAGGUCUUCAACGGCGGGCGUGACCACUCGACAUCAGCCGUGGGAAGUCCGUUUGACUUGCGCAAUGAGCACAAUUUCAAAGGUGCUACUUGGUAUUUUAAUAGCGAGUUUGCUGGUCUGCUGUGGCGGCGCUGGCUGGGCUUCGCUCAGCUGGACGCCAGAGGGAAGACGGGCCAUCGAAAAGGCGGAGGCAAGAUUCGAGGCGGAAAGGCUGAAGAAGAGAGCGAGGCGAGCAGCGGUCGGAUGUGCCUGAGGAGCUUCCUCGUGCAUCCAAUCAAGUUUGAGAGCCCCGACGACAAGAAAUGA